UAGUCCAUUCUUCCUUGACUGUUAGGGUAAGCUGACAGUCUUAUCCCAGGUGUUGGAGAAAGUACCCAAGUAUCAGUGAGAGCAGCCAUGUGUCUAGAAAAGCAGUGUUGUGUGUGCGUAUGUGUGAAAGCCCCUUGGCCCUGUGUCUGUGAGAGAAGCCAGGUGUCUGUGAGAGCUCCCAGGUGCCGUUGAGAGCUCCCAGGUGCCUUUGAGAGCUCCCAGGUGCCUUUGAGAGCUCCCAGGUGCCUUUGAGAGCUCCCAGGUGCCUUUGAGAGCUCCCAGGUGCAUUUGAGAACACCUUGAUGUCUGACAGCACCCAUGUGUGUCUAAGAGCACCUAGGAAACUGUCACGGCACCCAUGUGCUGGUGACACCUCUCUGGAACCUGUGACAUUACUGUAGGAAGGUUUGGCGUCCGGCUGGCGCACGCUUGGCUGAAUGGAAUGAACAUCGUUGCUCCAGGCUUACCAAGGGUUGACAAUGAAGGUUUAGUGGAGCAAGUUUGUCACCUGGUCCUCUGUCACACACACGGGGGACAUGCGAGGAUAUAAAUUUGUUCUUAAGAUGAAGAAAUCUAACAUUUCUCCAUUUCUCUUCACCAUACUGCUGCAGUCAGCGAUUAGCAUCCAGGUGGAGAAAGUGGUAGUGCCACCAGUGGUACUUGCUGGACGACCCGUCACUCUCGAGUGCCACUAUAAGGAAGAGGGAGACAAGUUAUACUCCCUUAAGUGGUGGCGGGGAGAUGAAGAGUUCUACCAGUACAUUCCCCCCAAAAGGAAGGAAUUCCCGGCUACUGGUGUCACAGUGAACCUGACCGUCACUUCUUCCCUGAAUUGGGGUAAGGAUGGUCAGGAAGUGGUGGUGCUGGACCAUGUGGGGCUCGAUACUGCUGGCGUCUACAAGUGUGAGCUGGUAGCUGAGCGCAGCUUCGAGACAGUCUCUCAGCAAGCUAAUAUGACAGUCAUAUACGCUCCCGAGGGUCCCCCAGUUAUCACACCAGCAGCAGGCACUGAGAGUGAUAACAUCACUGCUGGACAGAGAGUCGUACUCAACUGUUCUUCACCACCUGCCAGCCCACCGCCUGUACUCACUUGGUACAUUAAUGAAAGACAUGUUGACCCGUCGUGGGUAACACCCUCUCCACCAGUGUUUCAGCGAAAUCUGGCGAGGUCGCACUCUCGGCUAGACUUCUUCGUCAGCCGUCAACUCCUAGCGUCCAGCAGGAAUCUCUCUGUGACGUGUAUGGCUACUCAAGGAGUAGGCAUCAUUGGUAGCGCAGGUAGCGGCGGUGACGGCUGGCAGCAGCAGGCGCUACACAGCUACAAGGAGAGUGCUCACCUCACACUAAGAUCCACGCGGCCCCUGUCAUUCUGGGAUCGCAUUUUCAGUAGUGGUUCAAGUGCCCGUGUGUGUCUACAGCACCACCACAAUCUCCUGCUGGUGGUGAUCGCUGUUCUGGCGCCCUCUACUCUCACCACACACUGCUGAGGCCCUUCAACCUUAACCCUCUGCUAACUGCUCAUCCUGAUACAUUAUAUAUUCCGUCACUGUAGUUAAGAUGUAAGAUUACCUGGAGAUUUGAUCCUCGGCUGUCAAAGUCAACUGUCAACUGGAGAUAUGUAAUUUUUUUAUCGUGGCAAUUUUAUUUUUGCACCAAAUCUAACUCUUGCAAUCUGACGUAAACUUAUCAACAUAUAGGUAGUGUAAAAAAAACAUUUAUCUAACAUUAAAAAUUUUCAUAUCUUUUGUGAACAGUUUUCCUCUGAGGAGUGAAAUUUCAGGUGAUCCAAAUUGUACAUUUAUAACCCUCCCACGAGCAGCCUACUCGCUGGGCUCCAGUAUAGUAUCCAUAUUAAUAAUUUCUGUGUAGAUUCCAGUAUGUAAUUUCCUGGAUAAAAUGGCUUAUUGACAAUAACAAAGCCCAGAUUUGACUCCCUUGACAGCAGAAGUUUGGGACUGAGAAUGUUCUCGUCUUCACGUGGAUUUUUCAAUAGGUAUAAAUGGCAUGAAAGAAUCUCCUCUUUACCUCGUAAUAUUAACACUAGAGAAGUAUUUGCAUUAAACAGAUCAGGUUUUAGUUCAUACUCUUAAACUAGGUUAAAAAAAAUUAACAUGUUAAGCCGUAGUAUAACACUUUCAGCCACUGAGCAGCGUGUUAGAUUUUUGUUUUUAACUUGUGACGCUUUCUCCAGCAUGCCUAAUUUUGUCUAAUAUGUCAUUCCUGUAAUUUUAUUAACCGUGGCUCAUAUCAUGAUAGUUAUUAAAUGGUUACGGGUCAUUAAAACCUUGAAAAAUAUAUAUGAGAGGCACGCACGUGGUAUAGGCUUAUGUCUAAUAUUUAGAUUGGAGAUUGAAGACAGAAAUCAAAAUGCCCAACUGAAUGUAGGCUACAGAGAGCAGCCUAGAGAAUUCAGAUUUUACCAGUUUAAAUAAAAAUGACCAAUAAAGCUUAUCAUUACUACCACUUUCCAUUAUUAGGAACGUGUCCUUACUAAAAACAAACAAUUAACAACUAAUCCAUAAAUUCGUAAUGAAAACUCGACGACUUUUCUGACGCUUCUACCGCUACUACUACAACUGAUAGAAUCGUCCAGUUUUCACCUCAAAAAUUUAGUUGUGAAUUGUUUUAUUGGAGGGAUUGCGACUUCCGAUGUACUGCAAAUGGUUUAUAUACAAAUUCCCGUUUUACUUUCCCAUUCCCGUUCCCCCUCUUUUCCCCCCUAAGCUGUUACUGCUGUUAAUUCGUGCAUUUCUGUUGUUGAUCAGUGUCUUCCUUGUUGUUUUUUGCUCUUAGAUAAACUCUGCUAGUUGGUAUCGACUCAUUCUGAGCAAAUGUUGGUAUUCUGCUGUGAUUUAAAGCCCUCAGUAAAGCGAGUGAUAAUACUGUAAACGUCGGGGUUUCACUGUCAUGGUUGUUCAGUCUCUGUGGGUUCCCUGCUUUCUUGAUCAAAAGUGUCUAGCCUUCGUAUUUUCGAAUUUACUGGUGUUAGUGAAUGUUACAAUUCUUUAUAUUUGGUUAAUUUGCGUUAAUUUCGCCUAAAUGUCAGUUUUUCUACAAACGCUAAGUAAUAGAUUCGAAAAAUCAACGUCGCUAUUAGGACAUUUCCUGCUAAUUCAUAUAAUUUUAGACAACUUUUCUGUUGAAAUAUCAAAUGUCACGUCUCUGCUUAUGUGUUGUUAUAUGACAUCUCUUUAUAUACUAGACUUGGGCAAUAAGAACCAAUAAGUCUACUGCAGUGCUCCUUCAUUCGUGUUAUCUGUUCUCGACGAUUUUUUGGGGGGUCGAUUGGUGUUUUUUGUUUGCUGUGUUGUUGGUAAAUUUUCCUGCUGUUACUGUCUUACUUCCCCACACUGUGCUCAGAUUCUCUCUUCCAUGUCGUCUUGCUGGUAAUUAGCCACUUUCCUGAUAAGAUCCCAUUCACGUUCUCCUUAUCAGACUUCAAACUAUUUCUCCAUUAAACCUUAAACUGUCUCCUUUAUUCAGCUGAUAAUAUUCUCCAGAAGUGUCCUGACAAUGGUCUUCAUCUCUGGACAACCAGUUAUUUUAUUAAAUCUCUAUUUCCAGACUGCCAUACAUUGAUUCUAAAUCUCUAUCCAUGUAAUAAAGCCCAUAUUAGCCCUUGCAUUAAGCAUAUUUUUUUUCAGUUUCACAGCCUUCGAAUGUCCUCACACGACUCAGUCUCAGCAGGUCACAGCCUACUGAACUUACAGACUAAUAUGUGAGGUCUAGUCAAAUUAUUUCGAAGCCUAUCCUUCUAUCUAUGCCAUAACAUCAUUUUGGGAUGCCACCCCCACCUCAGCCAGCUGACACCCCAGGUACCUACUUAGGUGGGAAAACAGGGGAAGAGAAACGGACCUAGUGUAACCACUCGACCCAGGAUCGAGUCCGGGUCUUGUGGUUAUGAGCCGAAGGCGCUGUUUGUUCAUACUGUCUCUUACCUGUCUUGAUCUCUACGGUCCCCUACACUAUAUCCAGCUGCUGACAUAAUGUCCACUACCGUGUAGUUCCUCAUUCCUUCCUUCCUUUAUUCGUGUAACCAAUAUUAUUACUUCUGCUGUUAUUACUACCACUAUUACUACUACCACUAUUACUACUACCACUAUUACUACUACCACUAUUACUACUACCACUAUUACUACUACCACUAUUACUACUACCACUAUUACUACUCAUGU